AUGGGGCACGCGGUAGGCGAAUGCAAAAGCUUUAAGGAGAAGUUCAUGAAGUGUCUCCGCGACAAUAGAUUCGAAAAUGCUUUGUGCAGAAGUGAGUCGAAAGACUACUUAGAAUGCAGAAUGGAGAGGCAACUGAUGGCACAGGAGCCCCUGGAAAAACUGGGAUUCGGAGAUUUGAUGGAUGGAAAACCAGGGGCAGAAACUACCUCCUGAUGGGAAGAAGUCCAUCCGCCGGCUGCUGGCUUGUCCAGGGUGGAGCGUGUUGGGUGACCUUGUCAACUGACGGUUUAUGGUUAGGCGCUGUGACUUCAGAAGAAGUUUCUGGAACGCCCUCCUUGGCGGAAACCUUUCCUCUUGAUGUCUCCCAGGUUAUUCUGAGAAGCGAUUGUCCCCUUUAGGUCUCAUUUUCCCCAGGAGCCUUAGAUUUUAUCUUUACAUUGAGAGAGUUCCUAGGGAGGCCUGUGGCGGGUGGGAGGAAGGAGAGCAGAGUCACGCCCGCUGCGCGAGGGGACACGCGGGCAUCCGCGACGCGGUGACUCCCUCUGUGAUACCGUCCGUAGCUUCUCAGUACUGACAUGCUGAAUGCUAGCGGUUUCAGCCCAUC